UUGAGCAUAUAGGCUGCUUGGUUGUGAGCGGAAUCUGCCGAUGGGCUGAGAGGGGCGUCCCGGUGGACAAAGUUCCUGUUUCCAGUCUUCGGUUUUGAGACUUGAAGAGCUGUACUUAGAAAUGGAGAAAGUGGUCAUCGUCACUGGCGCCAACAGUGGCGUCGGCCUAGCUCUGUGUGAGAGGCUGUUGACAGAGGACAGUCAGCUCCGUCUGUGUCUGGCCUGCAGAAACAUGCAGCGGGCCCAGGCUGCCCGUUCUGCCCUACUCACCUCCCACAACAAUGCAAAUAUUGACCUGCUGCACCUCGACGUGGGCUCCGUGGAGUCAGUGUUAGCCGCUGCUCAGGAGGUCAAGGCCAGGUACAACAGAAUUGACUUUCUGUAUCUAAAUGCUGGGAUUAUGCCGAAUCCACAAAUCGAUUUCAAGGCUUUUUUCAAGGGCCUGUUCUCCAAGAAUGUCAUCAACAUGUUUGCUACAGCAGAGGGUCUCUUAUCUCAACAGGAUCGACUCAACUCGGAUGGACUGCAGGAAGUUUUCGCCACCAAUCUAUUUGGUCAUUUUCUUUUGAUUAGGGAGCUGGAGCCCCUGCUGUGUGGGACAGGAGACACAUCCAGGGUAGUGUGGUCCUCAUCCAGUAAUGCCCGCCGCUCUGCCUUCAACAUAGACGACAUGCAGCACAGCAGCGGGACUGAGCCGUACAGCUCCUCCAAGUACGCCGUAGAUCUGCUCAGCCUGGCACUCAACCGACAUAAAAACAACCAGGGGCUGUUCUCUUCUGUAAUAUGUCCAGGACUGGUGAUGACCAAUCUAACCUAUGGCAUCUUGCCUUCUUUUUUCUGGACUCUCAUUAUGCCCAUCAUGUGGUUGAUCAGGAUCUUCACCAACACCUUCACAUUAACGCCUUACAAUGGAGCAGAGGCACAGCACUGGCUGUUUCUCCAAAAGCCAGAGUCUCUGGAUCCAAGAGCAAAGUAUCACAGUUUAACAUCAGGACUGGGCAAAAACUACGUCGAGUCUCGACAAAUGGACAUUGAUGAUGAAAUGUCUGAUGUCCUUUACUCAAACAUUAUUGAGCUGGAGCAAGAAGUUCGAAGUAAAGUGAGCAAGGCCAAUACCGCAAAGUAUGGAAACAGAGAGAGAUAGUCAAUCAGGGUAAAUGUUUUCUCAACAUAUUUUUAGUGGAGAAGAGAGGAGAAGCAAACAUGACAUGACUCAACUUUAACAACUGAUUUCAUGCAAUAAAUAAAUCUCUAUCCAUCACUUGUAUUAUUUUAAAGUUAACGUUUAACCGUUUAUGUAUGGAGGGAAGGAGAGUAGCUUUGUCGCCCUCUUGUGGAUAACAAUAUGAAUGAUGCCGUUUCAUCCGUUAAAUGUGACGCGUUUUGAAAAGUCUGAAUUAGUUUGGUUUUAUUGUUGUAUACUGUACAUGGUAAGUUGUAGUUGCGCGGUAUUUAUGAGGGACACAUACGUAGAAUAGCAGUAUUCGAGUUCAUUCAACAUGGAAAAGCCUGAUGGCGCUGGAUUAUUUGUUAAUUUUACCUUCGUACCCCGCCAAUUUAAAGUCGGAGUUUAUUACAUAAUUCCUCAAGAAUAUGGCAGCAUCAAAUAAAACAAGGCUAUCAACGAUAAAACCUAAUAAUGUAACCGUCAACUUCAUAACUUAUAAUAGUCAGUCCUUGUAAUAGGCUGUUACCGGGUGCAAUACCAAGAUUUGCCACGCGGGAGCAAUGUUUACCAUAUUUUAGUGCAUUUAUUAUAACACUUCUGCCAUCUGUUGGUCAUUUUAGUUCUGGCAGCAGCAUUUAAAAAGUACAGAAUGUCCACAAAUGCUUGAACGUUUUAAAGCCAUCAAUAAAUACAGUAUGAUGUUU